UGACAUUUGAGGUUAAGUUGUUACAUUGUAAUCAGAACGUGUGUUUUGUUAGCAUUCAAAACGUUUUAGUUCUAUAAAUAAAACAGAUUAAAAUUAGUUUUUUCGCCUGAAAGAAGGAUUUUUAUUCGAUUUAGGGCUUGAAUAGUUGGUGUUUUCGAAAAUGGGUAAACGUAAAGGCAAGGCAUUGAAGAAAAAUCAUGUAUUCGAUGAAUCGGAAUCACCAGAAACACUGAAUGCCCCACAUUCGUUUGUGAUCCAUCGUGGCCUACCAUUUCCAAAUAUCACCUAUUUGACCAUGGACUUUCGUCGUAUGAUGGAACCAUUCACCGCCUCAUCGUUGCGUGAACGUCGUAACAACAAAAUCAAGGAUUUCGUCAGUUUGUCCGGCGUUUUCCACGUUUCGCACAUGAUUGUUUUCAACAAAUCGGCCAAUCAGCUGUCGUUCAAAGGUCCAACACUGAGCUACAAGAUACAUCAAUUCACAUUGGCCAGAGAUGUUUUGGCAUCGAUGAAGAAGCAAUAUUUCAACGAUAUCGCAUUCAAACAUGCACCUUUGGUCAUUUUGAAUAACUUCACGGGCGAAGGAAAUCACUUGAAAUUGAUGGCAAACACAUUUCAAAACCUGUUUCCCACCAUCAACUUGCCAACGGUGAAUUUAUCGACGAUCAAACGAUGCGUUCUAUUUUCGUACAAUUCAGUGACAAAUCUGGUCGAUAUGCGACACUAUUCGGUCAGUGUUGUGCCGGUCGGACUGAAUCGCAGCGUUAAAAAGGUUAUUAUGGGAAAAGUGCCGAAUUUGUCGAAAUGUGAAGAUAUUGCUGAUUUUAUUGAGCAAAGCGGCAAUGCAUCUGAGUCGGAAUAUGAAGAUGAUGAAAACAAUGAGGUUGUGUUACCACAAACGCUUAGCUCACGUGGAAACUUGGAAAACAACAAAUCCGCCAUUCGUUUGCAUGAGAUUGGACCGCGUUUGACGAUCGAAUUGAUUAAAAUCCAAAAUGAUCUAUUCACGGGAGAGGUUUUGUACCACAAUUCUAUUGUCAAGACGGAAGAGGAGAUAGCCGAAUUGAAAAAGGUACGCGAAGAGAAGAAGCGAUUGAAGGAGCGCCGCAAGAAGAUCCAAAAUGAAAAUGUCGCGAAAAAAGAGCAACAAAAGGGCGAACACAAAAAACGUUCGAUUUCUGGCGCUGUGAAAUCAGAACAAGUCAAUGAAGAAGAGCAUGUAGACAAUGAUGCGGAUUACUAUCGCGAAGCGGUUGGCGAGGAACCAGAUGAGGAGCUAUUCCAUGCCCCGAACACUACUGGUGGUCGAAAGCGUGCAUUUGUGCCCAAACAGAUGAAAUACGGCAAGGACAAAGAUGCAAAACGACGUAAAGUCGAUGCGGACGAUAGUAAAUCGUCUCACAAAGGGCCGAAGAAAUUCAAUAAAACCGACGAUAAGAAACAGAAGCAGGAUUUCAAAGGAAAAGGCGGCGAAAAGAAAUUCGGUGGAAAAAACAAUCAACCAGCAGCAGAUAAAUCCAACACAAAGAAAAAACCGAAGCCAAAGAAGGCAAAAGGAAAGAAAAAAACGAAUCGCAAUAGAAAUAAAUGAGUGUCAUUACA